AUGUCCACGAUACUUGGAUGUGACGCGAUGGUCGAAUACGACUUCGUCAUUGUUGGAGGAGGAAAUGCUGGAUGCGUCGUUGCAAAUCGAUUGUCAGAGAACCCCAAAUUUAAUGUUUUGGUCAUCGAAGCAGGCCCCAGGUUUCGCGCCAGUUACGAGGGGGUGCUGGAUGCCCAGGUGCCCGGUUUUCUCCCCGCCUUGUUGCAAAACAGCACAUACGACUACAAUUACACGAGCGUCGCUCAGUCCCAGCUCAACGACCGUCGGCUAGGCUUACCCCGCGCGCGUUUGCUGGGUGGUUCCAGUUCUCACAAUGGGAUGUUGUACACACGAGGGUCUUCCUCCGAUUACGACAGGUGGGCUGCAGUUACCGGCGAUGCUGGGUGGUCGUGGAAGAAGCUUCUCCCAUACAUCUUCAGGAACGAGAAAUGGGUGAAGCCGAAUCGCGAUAUAGACAUCGAGGGCAUGUACGACCCACGCUCCCACAGUUACAAGGGGAUGACCUUCGUCAGUCUCCCGAGUUUUCCAGAUGCGAUCGACGCAAAGGUCGAACAGGCUGCACGUGAACUGGGAGGCGAAUGGAGCUGGAAUGUCGAUACAAACAGCGGAGACUCUUUGGGGGUUGGCUGGGGUCAGUACACCAUCGGUAAUGGUGAAAGGAGUAGUGCUGCUGCUGCUUAUCUUUCCCAAAAAUAUGUCAAACGCAAAAAUCUACAUGUGUUGGUUAAUCACCGCGUCACCAAAGUGACUCCAGCUAGUGGUGGUGCCACCACCCCUGUUCAGAAGGUUACUGCGAGGAAAGAAGUGAUUCUCUCCGCCGGCGCCUUUGGAACACCCCAAAUCUUACUCUUGUCCGGAAUUGGCGAUACAGCUGAACUGAACGAGGUUGGCAUCGAACCCAAAGUCCAUCUCCCCAGUGUCGGAAAGAACCUCACAGAACAACCGCUUCUGCCCCUCAUCUGGCAGCUGGGUAUCAACGGCACAUUCGACACUUGCGCAGGCCCAUUUCCACAUCUCUGCCUGGACUUCGACAGACUCCCAGAUCCAGCGUUACGGACGCAGACGGAGUGGUUCCGCGAGUGGAAAACUUCCCGGACUGGACCACUCACCUUUCUCAAUGUCAAUACAGUUGCCUGGACGAGGUUACCGGAUGAUUCUCCUGUUUAUGCCCAGUAUCCUGACCCGUCUUCAGGACGGAAUACGCCGCAGUUAGAGAUUCAGUUCGUGGGAACUGGUCUGUAUCCCACACCUGGUCCGAAUAUAUUAUUAGCUGCGGUGCUCGUUACACCCGGCUUCGAGUCUCGUGGCUCCGUAAAGCUCAACUCUACCAAUAUCUACGACUCUCCGCUGAUUGAUCUUGGGCUCAUGAAAUCCGGGUUCGAUUGGUACGGCUUACGCGAGGCUGUCCGGGCUUCAAGGCGGUUCUUCGCAGCACCAGCAUGGCAAGACUACCAGCUUACCCUACUCCCUCCCUUCGACACGGACAACGACGAACAGCUCGAUGAAGGUAUCCGGGAUCUCGUCACUGGUGCCUUGCAUCCUGUUGGUUCGGCUUCGAUGUCACCCAAGGGUGCUCAGUGGGGCGUUGUGGACCCUGAUCUUAGGGUGAAGAAAGUGAGGGGGUUGCGCAUCGUUGAUGCCUCUGUCAUGCCGUAUAUCACUAGUGGACAUACUCAGGCUCCUGUUUACGCCAUUGCUGAACGUGCAGCUGACCUCAUCAAGCAGUAUUGGGCCUGA